AUGGACAGCCGGAGCCAAGCGCCCUACAAGUCCAGCAGCUUCUCGCCGGCGACCACCCGCGACGACGGCGGCAGCAGGACCCGGGAGGUCGACCGCAACUUCUCCCUGGGCACCCUCCGCGACAAGAGGGACGUUCCGCACGGCGGCUCCAGGGAGCAGUCCAUCAAGGAGGAGGACGAGCAAGAGGAGGGUGACCAUGGGGCGCGAGGAGGCGGCGGCGGCGAGGGUCCGGGCUCGGGGGCAGGGGGAGGCGGCGAGCCGGACCUCGCCGCGCUGUCGGCGGAGGUCGAUGCGUUCCUCGCAGGCAAGGACGAGGACGCGCCGGUGAGCGUCACGGAGGCGACGCUGGAGAGGUUCGCCUCCGCCGUCGAGCUGCUGGUCGCCAGGUCCGAGGGCGUCGAGGACAAGUGGGCCGCGGAGGCCGGUGGCGAGCCUUCGGCGCUGCUCGCCGCGAUCACGCGCAUCGCGGCGCUCUCGUCCGCGCUCGGCAAGAGCCCCGAGGGCGGCGGCAAGCACGCUGCCGCCGUGAACCGCGUCACCGCCGUGCUGCACCGGGCCAUGGCGUUCCUCGAGGAAGAGUUCCACGGGCUGCUCGAGGACCCGCGCGUCCCCAAGACGGGGGGCGGCGAGCAGGGCGGCGCGCACGAGCCCGACCGGUGCGUCCUCGCACCUCCGCCGGCGUCUGACGGCGGCGCCGGGAAGGAGUCCGCGCCUCCGUACCCGGUGGAGACUGUGGACCGGCUCCGCGCCAUGGCCGACACCAUGGUGGCCGCCGGGUACGUGACGGAGUGCUCGCAGAUGUUCCUGGUGGCGCGGCGGAACGCGUUCGACGCGACGCUGCAGGGGCUGGGCUACGAGAAGUCCAACAUCGACGACGUGGUGAAGAUGACGUGGGAGGCGCUGGAGGCGGUGAUCGUGACGUGGACCAAGGCGUUCCGGCACGCCAUCAACGUCGGGCUGUCCACGGAGCACGACCUGUGCACCCGCGUCUUCGCGGGGCGCCACGCCGCCGUGGGGCGCGGCAUCUUCGCGGACCUGUCCCGCUGCGUGAUGCUGCACAUGCUCAGCUUCACGGAGGCCGUGGCCAUGACCAAGCGCGCCGCGGAGAAGCUGUUCAAGGUGCUGGACAUGUACGAGGCGGUCCGCGACGCGUCCCCGGUCAUCGAGGCCUUCCUGUCCGCCGACGAGCCGGCCGCCGCCGAGCACCACAGCCAUCACUCGGGGCUGGCGGAGCUCAAGUCCGAGAUCGCCGCCGUGCGGUCCCGGCUCGGCGAGUCCGCCGCCGCCAUCUUCCGCGAGCUGGAGAGCUCGAUCCGCGCCGACGCCGGGAAGCAGCCGGUGCCCGGCGGCGCAGUGCACCCGCUGACCCGCUACGUGAUGAACUACCUCAAGUACGCGUGCGAGUACAACAGCACGCUGGAGCAGGUGUUCCGCGAGCACCACCACGGCAAUGGAGACGACAGCAACCCGUUCUCGGCGCAGCUGAUGGAGGUGAUGGAGCUGCUGCACGGCAACCUGGAGACCAAGUCGCGGCUGUACAAGGACCCGUCGCUGAGCAACAUCUUCCUGAUGAACAACGGGCGGUACAUGCUGCAGAAGAUCCGCGGGUCGCCGGAGACGAACGCGAUGCUGGGCGAGGCGUGGGCGCGGAAGCAGUCCACCAACCUGCGGCAGUACCACAAGAACUACCAGCGGGAAGCGUGGAGCCGCGUACUGGGGCUGCUCCGCGACGACGGCGUGCUGACGGUGAAGGGGCACGUGCAGAAGCCGGUGCUCAAGGAGCGGUUCAAGCAGUUCAACGCCGCCAUGGACGAGAUCCACCGGACGCAGGGCGCGUGGGUGGUGAGCGACGAGCAGCUGCAGUCGGAGCUGCGCGUCUCCAUCGCCGCCGUCGUCGUGCCGGCCUACCGCUCCUUCCUCGGCCGGUUCGCGCAGAACUUCAGCGCCGGGAGGCAGACGGAGAAGUACGUCAAGCUCAGCGCCGAGGACGUGGAGACCAUUAUCGACGAGCUCUUCGACGGUAACGCCACGUCCAUGACCAGGAGGAGGACAUGA